UGUCCAGUGAUGUGAGUGUCCGCACGCCUUGUCCACGGGCUCCUGGGGACUGGCCACAAGGAGCUGGUUGUGUGUUGGUGUAUAGCGAUGACUAAGAGGGAGCACGAGUGGAACUGUUGGUCCUGUAUCACAGAGCAGGAACUACCUCCACACACCAACUAGUCAUGCAACAACAGCUCGGCAGCUGCAGCAGCAAAUAUUGCAGGUGCUAUGGUGAAGGUGGUGAAUCUCCGGGACGGUGGUGGUGAUGGUCACUACCUUCUACACCCGGGGCGGCCAACACCCUCCUCUCAUCCUCCUCCUCCUCUCACUACCCCCAGUGGUUGUGGUGAGCGGGUGGGACUCAGGCCCAUGUGAGGCAUGCGGGCGCCAGAGGGGUGGGGGCGGCGCGGGCGGGUGCAGCUGCUGUCAAGGGGGUCGCCGUGCCCCCUCCUCCUCUUCUGGGGACGCCCCACCACCCCUCAACGGUCACCUGCCACCGCCACCGCCAUCCCAGCUGAUCAAGGUGGUUGUGCUGGGCGCCACCGGAGUGGGCAAGACUGCCAUCAUCAAGCAAUUCGUACACAACGAGUUCCCAGCAAGCCACCAGCCAACCCGAGGCCGCGCCAACCACUGGCCCUCGGUCCUGGUCAACGAUCGUGUCUACCAGCUCUGUAUCGCCGAUCUUCCUCCCAUCAGAGCCUUCCCGCAAAAUUCCUUCACCGAGUGGGCCGACUACCGCUUCUACGGCCUCAGGUCAGCCAUGGCUUACGUCUUUGUGUUCGACCUCACCUGCUACGAGUCCUUCACACACAUCAAAGCCCUGAGGGACCAGGUAUACGAGUCCCGGGACAUGCGCGAGGUGGGCGUGGUGGUGGUGGGCAACAAGCGGGACCUGGUGGAGGCGACGGAGGCCAGAGAGAAGCGAGAGAUACGCGACGUUCCGGCCAUCGUCCGCAAGCAAUGGAAGGCUGCCUAUGUGGAGGUGUCGGCCAAGUGUAACUGGCACGUGGUGGCGGCGUUCAGGGAGCUUCUGCUGGCCGUUGAGGACGCCCAAGCCCACACACACGCCCGCCCACACAACCUACACGAACUCCAUGAGGCGAUCGAACACUCUAAAUGUACUAUAUUGUGAGAUACCGCGGAGUGCCCUAGGUGCAUUAUUUAUACUAUUAUACUAAAGCUUAACUGAAGAGUUAAGCAACAUGUUAAUGGUUGAUCGUUCAGAUAAUGAUAAAUUCCUCGACUUUCCACCCGCCCCAACGACUGUUAUAUUUAUCUCUCGAAACGCACAAGUAGUCUCAGUGAAGGCGGGCAGCCGGCGUGCAGCAGUGUCCACCCGCGGCUCACUGCUGCUGCACGCUCACCCCUGCUGCUGCUGCUGCUGCUGCUCCACUAUCCAAGCUUCUGCAAGAGGCCGCCCGGCGUCAACAUCUUUGCAAAUCACAGACAUACGAACAGAGACAACUACAGUAUCGUCAGAGUAUGUUAUUUUUAUUAUAAAAAGAGUGUUUCCUCUGAUAAGUCGAUUUCUAUUGGACAGGAAUAUUUCAUCUAACUUUUAUACGAAUGAAGGCCAAUACUUGUACAAAACUUGGUGUAGACAGACGAGGCCUGCACCCCGGCUGCUACUCCCGACCACAGCUGCUCUUCUCUAUCAACUAAACUAUCUCAGUUUUCCGAAUUUCGAUGGGCUGUCGCUCAAGUACACUUCUAAUUAGUUCAUCAGGAAUAUUAAUUACAAUAGAAAAUUGUAUAAAACACAUUGAGAGCUGCGAUCACAAUGCAAACAGUAGCUUAAGAGUUAUGAUUAAAUUCCUCAAGCAAUAUUCAACGUGAUCUGCAGCGUACUCCAAGUUUCAUCUUUCCCUUCUCGCCACAUUAAAAAAAAUUGUCUGUAUAGAUAUACACAAAAUUAUAAUUAUAUUUCAAGUUCCCAGGGGAAAUAAUAAUCCAUCUCUUUGCUACAAUAUAAGGUAUGCUCGUGAAUACAGCAAAGUCAUUUAUAUAUUUUGUUAGUUUUAGUAUAUCUCAUUGUAUUUGCUAUGUUUUCUGUUGUAUUUCAGUAAUGCAUUACUGCCCAUUUCCCUUGAGUUGAGGAAAACUGAUAAAAUAACGACAGGUAUGACUAUUUGACGUGUGACCACCACCGAUAAGGAAUACUGAUGACCAUGACUACAGGAACUGAGUGUUCUCUGAGAGAGAUGAAUUUACAACUCGCGAACGGUAGCGGCGCUGAAAGCUUGGUAUUGCUACGCUCUAUGUCUACCGCAUAUAGUUUGCUAUGUAGGUAAUAUCUUAAUGUACUUUCUUUUACAAUUUGAUUAUUGUAAUUGGUAAUUUAAAGUCAAAACUUAACGCUAGUGAAGUUUAUAAUAAUGGAGAGGCAAGACUUGUAGGGGCGAGUGGAGGGCUAGGCUGGUAGUUAGGUGUCGUCAGGUUUGGUGGCUAAAUAGCCAUUUAACCAUUGUUUCCUUUUGACGGACUGGGCAGCGAGGUGCGCAUGCCAAUGGUCGUGUGACAACAGUUUAAAUGAUGCAGCCUGCAGUACACAGAGUAAUAACAUGAACCUUCAUUACUUGCGUAUUGCAAGAGUCAUCCAUCCAUUUUUAAAUGUAGAAAAGAAAUUACACCGUGGGUAAAGUGUCACUCCAACCUCAACGUUGUUUAAUUUGGCUAGGAAGCUAGGUGACUAUUUAGUAUGCAUAUAAAGGUACGUAACAAUCUUGUACAUUGAUUUUUACUGCAU